UUCCCCUACUGGACUGGUCAAGCCAGAUUAUUAUAUAGUGGCAGCAUUAAUACAAGAAAUACCCAACAACUUGCAUCAACAAAUAUCAAAAGGAAUCAUCUGUUUUGCGAUCUGGGUCCUGUUUUUAGUCAAUUUUAUUAAACGGGUCGUUGUGAUUUCAUCUUCGAUCGCUGGAAAUGAAGAAUUUGACGACGGAAAAUCACCUCAGACAUGUUGAAUCUUUGCCAGUUUUCCCAUCUGGGGCUGGAAAUAUACCUAGUUUGAAUGCUGUGAUUCUUGGUGAAGCUCUUGCUUCUGAAGAAAAUGAUUAUGUUUUUCCUAGCAAAGAUUUUUCGAGCAAUGCACUUAUUUCUUCUCCUUCAGAGUAUUUGGAGAUGUAUAAAAGGUCAGUAGAGGAUCCAGCAGGGUUUUGGUCUGAUAUUGCUUCAGAGUUUUACUGGAAGAAGAAAUGGGGAGAGCAAGUUUGUUCAGAAAAUCUUGAUGUGAGAAAUGGAACUAUAAAUAUUGAGUGGUUCAAAGGUGGGAUCACCAACAUUUGCUAUAAUUGUUUGGAUAGACAUGUUGAGAGUGGAAAUGGUGAUAAAAUUGCAUUAUACUGGGAAGGGAAUGAUCUUGGUUUGGAUGAUAAGUUGACUUUUAGCCAGCUUUUGGAGAAAGUCUGUCAGCUAGCAAACUACUUGAAAGAUGUUGGUGUUAAGAAGGGUGAUUCCAUCAUCAUCUAUCUUCCUAUGCUCAUGGAACUUCCAAUUGCAAUGCUUGCGUGUGCUCGAAUUGGUGCUAUUCACUCGGUUGUCUUUGCUGGAUUCUCUGCCGAAUCACUUGCGCAAAGGAUCACUGAUUGCAAGCCAAAAGUUGUCCUCACUUGCAAUGCCGUCAAAAGAGGAGCAAAGGUUAUUGGACUCAAAGACAUUGUAGAUGCUGCUAUCGUUCAGUCAGCUAAAGACGGCGUUUCUGUAGAUGUAUGCUUAACAUAUGAAAACCAGUCAGCUAUGAAAAGAGAGAACACCAAAUGGACUGAAGGACGAGACAUUUGGUGGCAGGAUGUUGUGCCAAAGUACCCUUGUACCUGUGAUGUUGAAUGGGUUGACGCAGAGGAUCCUCUAUUCUUGCUUUAUACAAGUGGAAGCACCGGGAAACCCAAGGGUGUCCUGCACACUACUGGAGGAUACAUGGUGUACACUGCGACAACAUUUAAGUAUGCCUUUGAAUACAAGCCCUCCGAUAUAUACUGGUGCACAGCUGAUUGUGGUUGGAUCACUGGACACAGUUAUGUCACAUAUGGCCCUUUGCUGAACGGAGCUAGUUGUCUUGUCUUCGAAGGGACUCCAACUUACCCAGAUGCUGGACGCUGUUGGGACAUUGUUGAUAAAUACAAAGUGACAAUAUUCUACACUGCUCCUACACUGAUCAGAUCUCUUAUGCGCGAGGGCACCGAGCAUGUUACUCGGUACUCACGCAAAUCCUUAAGAGUUUUAGGAAGUGUGGGGGAGCCAAUCAAUCCUAGCGCAUGGAGGUGGUUUUACAAUGUUGUUGGAGAAUCCAGGUGUCCCAUCUCUGACACUUGGUGGCAGACCGAAACUGGCGGUUUCAUGAUAACUCCUUUACCAGGUGCCUGGGCACAGAAGCCCGGUUCUGCCACUUAUCCUUUUUUUGGUGUUCAGCCUGUCAUUGUAGAUGAGAAGGGCAAUGAGAUAGAAGGUCAAUGUAGCGGAUACUUGUGUGUAAAGCACUCAUGGCCAUCCGCCUUCCGUACACUCUACGGCGAUCAUGAAAGAUACGAAACCACUUAUUUCAAGCCAUUCCCUGGUUAUUACUUUACCGGUGAUGGCUGUAGCAGGGAUAAAGACGGCUAUUACUGGCUCACCGGGAGAGUGGAUGAUGUCAUCAAUGUGAGUGGUCAUCGUAUCGGCACAGCUGAAGUGGAAUCUGCCCUAGUUUCACACCCUCAAUGUGCUGAGGCUGCUGUAGUCGGAGUUGAGCAUGAGGUUAAAGGGCAAGGUAUUUAUGCAUUUGUUACCCUGAUCGAGGGUGUUUCUUACAGUGAUGAACUUCGUAAAAGUCUUGUAAUGACUGUCCGAAAUCAGAUCGGAGCAUUUGCAGCUCCCGAUAAGAUUCAUUGGGCACCUGGCCUCCCUAAAACAAGGAGCGGAAAGAUAAUGAGAAGAAUCUUGAGAAAAAUCGCCUCAAAACAACUAGAUGAGCUCGGAGACAUCAGCACUCUGGCGGAACCAGCUGUUGUUGAUCAACUUAUUGCCCUUGCGGAUAAAUAAAAAUAUCAUAUCUUGAGUCGUUUUUGGUUGUAACGAUCAUACAUUCCGUCAUGGCUCGUCCUCUGCAACGUGUAUUAAUAGAUUUUUAUAACGGGGAGUUCUCCCUUCGAUUCGACCUGUGCGAGUGAUCGCUUGGUUUGUUGCGUAAGUCGUCGUUGUUUCUUAAUGUACCACAGUGUAGCAGUUCCAUUGUUGUCUUAGUGUAUUUCAAAAUUUUCGUGUACAUUUGUUCUAUUUGUGUAUGCUGCCUGGUAUCACAGUUUUCUAAUAAUUGCUUUUUUUUUUUUUGAAAACUGAGCAAUAAUUGAAAAUUGAAUAUUUCAUUUUUUUCCUUUAAUUUUUGAGGACACCAGUAUUUUUUUAAUUGUAAUAAAUGUUCUAUUAUUAUUAUUUU